GAGCGCAGCAACAACACGCAUGCGCAAAACCGGUGUAUCCAGAAAGGUAAACUUCGCUGAAUUUAGGACGUGUUGAAGCGUUUGCUAACUCCAGGAAAUGGACAAUGACUUGAAUUUUACUGUAUUCGCGGAAGGUACGUUAGUCUCUUAUGUAAGCAAAGCUUGAAUCUGCGAGGUUGCCGUCGACUUUCUGGGGGUGAUAUCCUGUAUUUGGAAUAUUCUUGAAGACGGAAGUGAGGGGUUGUUGUUGUUAUUCCUCAAUCAAGCCUCUGAUUGAACCCGACGCGUGCAUGACAGUUUCUGAAUGCCUGCUGACCUGUUUUAUGCACACCUAUGAUUUCCUGCCGAAGAUAGCCAAGAGUUUCCACCUUUCCUUGAGGUUUUGCGUCGGGAUGGCGGCGGCGGCGGAGGAGGGCGGCUGCGGCGGAGGCUCCGCGCCGCUGUCCGCAGGUGAUGGUGAACCUGAGGAGGCCGAGGUGUUCACCUGCCCGACCUACUGCUCGGAGCUCUCCCGCCGGCAGAACGAGCAGAGGAAGGCGGGGUUGUUCUGCGACCUGACCCUGGAGUUCAGCUCCAGGGGCGCGUCUGGCGUGGAGAGGGUCCUGACCUUACCUGCCCACCGCACGGUCCUGUCUGCGGCCUCGCAGUAUUUCGAGCUGCUGCUGGGCGGACAGUUCUCUGAGUCCCAGACCGGGAGAGUGGAGCUGAGGGAGUGGAGCUCCGCGGCGGGGCCCGACCCGGAGACUGUGGAGGCGGUCAUACGCUUCAUGUACACGGGAGAGGUCCGGGUGACCAACGCUAAUGUUCACGACGUGCUGGAACUAGCCGACAGGUUCUUAUUGGGUCAGCUGAAGAGCUUCUGUGCAGAGUUCCUGGUCAAGAAGUUGAAUCUUUCCAACUGCGUAGCUGUGCACAGCCUGGCCCACAUGUACAGCCUGAACCAGCUGGCUCUGGAAGCUGCCGAGAUGAUCAGAAGAAACUUCCAGAAAGUCAUUUACAACGACGAGUUCUACACUCUUCCUUUUCAUCUGGUGCGAGACUGGAUGUUGGACUCGGAAAUCACCGUGGACUCAGAGCAGCAGCUGUUUGAAGCGAUCGUGAAAUGGGUCCACCAAAACCCGGAGGAACGGGUGCGGUUUUUUGAAGAGCUGUUCAAGCUGGUGAGGCUGAAGCAGAUUCCUCCAACCGACUUAAUGCGUGUGGUUAGAAAGGAGCCCUUAGUGGCUAACAAGGCAGAGUGCCAGCAGCUGGUGGUGGACGCUCUGGAGUUUCACGCAGUUUGCUCGGAGGGCCUCAAGUCGGCUAACUUGGAUCAGAGUACCUCCUACAUGGCGGCUAUUCAUCCACGCCUUGGCCAGAACAUGGACGUGAUCAUGGUGGUAGGUGGAGUCUCAGAAGGCGGAGAGUAUCUCAGCGAAUGCGUUGGCUACUUUGUCGCUGAGGAUCGUUGGAUCAACCUGCCGCACAUUCACAACCACCUGGACGGCCACGCCAUCGCGGUCACCGAGGGCCACGUCUAUGUGGCGGGCUCCAUGGAGCCUGGCUUUGCCAAGAUGGUGGAGCGCUACAACACCAGCCUCAAUACUUGGGAGGAUGUCAGCAGCUUGUCCACGCGGAAGCACUCAUUCGGCCUAACGGGCAUCAAGGAUGUCCUCUAUGGUAUCGGGGGUCACGGUAACUUCAGCCCAGGCUUUAAGGAUGUCACCGUUUAUAAACCGGAGCAGGAUGAGUGGAUCAGCCUUGAGCCAGCGCCGAAGAUCGUACGAGACGUAAAAACAGUGACAGUAGAGGAUCGAUAUGUGUACGUAAUGGCCAGGACGCCUGAAGAUAUCGACCAUGAUGAUGGACUGAGCACCGUGACCAUGUGCUACGACACAGAGAGUCACAGGUGGCAGGACGUUCACUCAUUACCUCUGAUUGACAACUACUGCAGCUUCCAAAUGGCCGUCUCAUCCACAACCUUCUACCACACCGCUUCCUGCUGCCCCAAAAGCUACAAGGCAACUUUUGAGGCCGCUCAGCAGAAAGUAAGCAGAAACAUCCCGGAGGAGAUCCUCAGCAGCCUUCCAACAGAAGUGCUUGGGAUGGAAGGAGCCGCCAUCUGCUUCCUUGGUGAGGAUGUCUUCAUCAUCGGAGGCUGGAGAAACAGCAGCAGCUUGGACAAGCAGUACCGCAAGGAGACGUACCGCUACUGCGCCGACAAAAAGCGCUGGACGCUUCUUCCGCCCCUGCCUCAGCCGCGCUGCCGAGCGGCGGCCUGCCACGUCCGCAUCCCGUACAGAUACUUGCGCGGCUGCCAGCGCUACCCAAUGCCGCAGAACCUGGCGCGCCAACGAGACCGCAUGCAGCAAAUGCAGCAGAUGCACCGACUCACUCUCACCAGGCGGAGACAGAUGCACUCUCAGAUCGAAUGCUAAAUUAGGAUUAAAGAUUGUGCAGUGAAUAAUUAACACUUUAUCUUCAGGUAAAUGAUUCUCACAAUGACGAAUCUUAUUUUUUUAUUAUGAUAGAAUGAAAGGUAAAUCUAGAACUCUCUCUAAAGCUGUAGUAUGUAACUUUUAUUUAAAAACGUUUUUUUUUUUUUACAUAUUUGUUAAAACUGUUAGAUCAGACAGAAAACAACCAAUCAGAGACAGAGUCUUAGCUCUGUCAGUCAAUCUCAUGUACUUGCUGCUCAAUGUGCUAAUGGCGGAGAAACGGCUUACCAUUACAGGAAAACUGUUUAUCCACCGUCACCAGUUGCCACGUUAACUAGCCUUAGCUUUCACAACAUACUAUGCUAGCUGCAGCGUAGCAGAGAACAAGAGCAGAGCCACAUGAAGGGUGAUUGACAGCGCUAAGACCCGCCUCCUGGCUCUGGUUGGUUGUUUCUAGUGGGAGAAGGCAGUAGAGCUCAAUUUUUUUUUUCUUUUAUUUUGGUUUUUUUUGUAACAGAUUAUCUGUCUCAUACCAACAACAAAUAUGUAAAAAAAUAAAAUAAAAGUUACACUAUUCAGACUCUAUAUUAAAAGAUAAACAAAUAUCCAUUUGGGCUACAUGUUCAGUGUCAUGUCCAUAAUAAUUAAAGCUUACUUUAAUGCCUCUUAAUAAUGUAACUGAGUGGCAGGAUAUAUAAAAAUUUAGAUUUCCUAAAAGGUUAAGAACAUUCCUGUUUUUGUUUUUCUUUUUGUUUAGCGUAGCAUUCAGAUUUAAACUUUAGAAACUAACAGGAAGGCUGCUUUUAUUGUAAUAAAUGUCAAGGUAUAAAUGAUUGAGGUUAUAUUACCUAUAAAACUGCCAUGACUAAAAAUAAUGUUGGCUCAUAAAGUAAUUAAGAUAUUUUCAUAUGUAAUACAAGUAUAAUUCAAAAAAGUAUAUUUACAUCAACUUUUUUACUGUAGCAAUUUUAUUGUUACUACAAUGUUCUUUUUUUCAUUGCAUUUCUUUGUUUUGUUUUAUUUCUUGGUUGAGAUAUCUUGGUGUUGAUUGUGUGUUCAAAUUAGGGAUUGUUUCUAAAUAUUUUUAUUUUUUACCAAAUUAUACAAUGCAUCUCACUUUUUCAGUGCCUGUUUAUGAAUUAUGUUUCAGCUCUUAAGCAUUUCCGCUGGAGCAAAAAGUUGUUGCACUCAAAACUGUUGUGUGAAGAUUAAAAUGCUACUACUCCACUAAAAAUGAGAUUCUCGAAGGAUGAAGCUGUUUUAUUGGGUGUAUUUGUGUCACAGUGCUAAUAAAUCAAAUAUAAAUUCUGAGGCAUGUUGGAA